UGGUUAUGUAUUUAUACCUUCUCUAAAUAGUUCACCAAGCUGUGCUUCGUGAUGAGUUCAGAGAAAAUUAUUUAAGAAUGAAACAAUCUUUAAAUUACGAAAUUCUGUUUGUAAAUAUGUAUCUAUAAGACUCGAAAUUUUUAUCCAACUUUGAGCUUCAGUCAGCUUUAGAGAUGAGCUGUUUUAGCGGGAAGACUAAGGAAUAUCCUUGGAUCUCUGUAGACUGCUUUACUAAAGAAAACCUAGCUUCUAAGGCUUUCUUCCUAUCACAYUGUCAUAAAGACCACAUGGAAGGAUUAGACUCCCCAGUAUUUGCCAACACAUUAAAGAACAGUUCCAACAUCUUUAUUUAUUGUUCUGAAACAACACUCAACCUGUUGYUAUGCAACCCGGCAUAUAUUCACCUAAAGGACUACUUGAAAGGUGUUCCAAUAGAUCAACCUUAUCUCGUGUCUGUAACAGAUGAGGAAACAAAGCAGUGUUAAAGACAUCAGAAGCAUCUAUAUUGACACAACAUUCUGCCUACCACAAAUGAUGACCAUACCAUCUAGAGAGGAGACAAGAGAUGCUGUCAUCAGAGUUAUAGACAAAUGGCUAUGCCGAGGACCACAUCACAUGGUCAGUCUACAAUGUAAAGGCAUGUAUGGGUACGAAUAUCUACUGAAAGAAAUAGCACAGCACUAUAAAACAAAGAUACACAUCAGUAAGGAAAGACUUGCCCUGUACCAUUACCUAACAGACAUGAAACAGUAUUUCACCACUGACCCCAAAGCUACCAAGAUCCAUUCAUGUAAAUGGGACAAGACUCCRAAAGGGACUCGUUCUUCACUUCCAUGUGGGUUCGCCCUACCCAAUGGGGAUGUACCUAAAGUUAUCAAGAUCAARCCAACCUCAAUGUGGUUUGCUAGACUCACUGAACCUCUUCCUGCUGACAGCACAAGGUAUGUCAAAAGCGAGAAAAUGUGGCGAGUGGUCCACUCAAUGCAUGCAUCCAUGGAAGAGAUUAUUGACCUUGUGUCAUACUUAAGACCAUACCAUGUCUACCCAAAUGUCAAACCAGCGGGUCGUCAUACCCUGGAGGAUGCAACGAAUUGGCUUAAAGAGUACACACGCAUUGAUGAGCAUGAGUCCAGCAACCAAGAAGACUCUGGACUUACRGACUUCAAAGUCCAGGCUAGUGAGUUCAAGAUUUCUGGACAGAAGAAACCAGAUCAUGGAAACAUGUUUUCUUCAAAGCAGAGAGCGCCAGGUUUAUCAGUGACUACAGCUUAUAAAGAACUUGGUCUGGAAGAUGACUYGAGUCUUGUACCCAUACCUAUAAAAAGACGACGGAAAGUCCCAAACAGCAGUAGUACUAAUACUGAUGUACCAAUGAAAACAGACAAAGACGACMACAGUCUGACCAAAAAUACAGAUUCAUCAGGUAGAAAGGAAGAACUGGCAAAAACAGACAGUAAAAAUCACAGUAUUCAGUUUAGGGAUUGUGUUGAACAGGUAGAUAUGAAACAAAAUACUAAGGAUAUUCAUGAGGGGGGGAAGAGUGGGGUAAUACCUGGCAUAGCAAGUGAAAUCGAAGGUGAUAAAUCCUCRGCUUCACUUCAAGACAGCAAAAAUUUAUUGGGUCAAGGGCACCAACAGAACACAAUAAAAUUAUCUUGGGGAACAAGUGAAUAUGAAGCAAGCAGACAAGGGACAAUUGAUACAGAAUUAGAAAAUUCGUUUCUCAAAAAUAGAGAAAACAUUAAAAUAAAUUCAUAUUUUGUUGAAACAAAUCUUGAAAAAGACAAGAGAAUUGUUUCAGACUCUGAAUGUGAAGACCUCCACAUUGUAGCUAGUGAAACAGAAUCGAAAACAAAAGAAAAGAACUCAUUCUUAGAGUCCAAGACGGGUAGUACUUUAUGUAGUUCUUCUAGUAGUGAGACAGGUGCUUCUAGGCAAUGUGGUGAGGGAUGUUACAUUCCAGCAUCUCCAGGGAUGCAUGUACCAAGCACGGAGGUCCUGGCUGAUCUCCAUAAGCAACUGGAAAAUGGAGAAUUGUCUAUUGGGCGUAACUUAUUCUCUUAGCCCUUGAAAUUGUACAUUUAUUUAUGUAUUUUAAUAACUAAUUCAUUAUUUAAUUA